UAGUUCAAAGUAACGCUACACGAGUAACUGGCUGUUCGGAUUCUGGGAGUAUUUAGCUAACGUGCUUCUCUUAUUUGUGGUAAAUGUGUUCAAAUCAAUUAUCCAGAUUGUAUGUUAUUAACGAGCAGAAUUUACUGUUUCAAUAACGAAUACAUACGAGUGGGCAGUGUCCGAUCAGGCAUUACUUGUGUUUCACUUGACCUCAUCGGGUUGCAGAACUAGUGAGAUCCCACGAGCGAAGCUUAGUUAAGCGUUUAGUGCCACGGUGCGCCGUCCACGUGUCGUAACCAGACGAAUAAAUGACGAGUCCUGGGCUCGCGGACGAAUGGUAUUACGUCGGCGUUGACGUCGGCACGGCCAGCGUGCGCGCGGCGCUGGUCACGCGCGGGGGGCAAGUUAAGCGCGCGGCGGAGGAGCCCGUGCACGUCUGGGAGCCUCGGCCGGACCAUCACGAGCAGUCUUCAGAGGACAUCUGGACCAAGUGCUGCAGCGCGGUGACGAAGGUGACUGAGGGUAUUGUGAAAGACCAUGUGCGAGGAAUCGGUUUUGAUGCCACAUGCUCAUUGGUGGUUUUGGACCAGAACUUUCAGCCUGUGGCUGUCAAUCUAGAUGCUGCUGUGGAGAGGAACGUGGUCAUGUGGAUGGACCACAGGGCGACGAAGCAGGCUUCUCGCAUCACAGCCAGUGGACACCGGGUCAUGACCCGCGUCGGCGGGGUCAUGUCUCCUGAAAUGCAGCCUCCAAAGUUACUGUGGCUGAAGGAGAACCUGAGGGAAAGCUGUUGGGAAAGAGCCGAACACUUUUUUGACCUUCCAGACUUCCUGUCUUGGAAAGCGACAGGCUCUCUAGUAAGAUCUUUGUGCACUCUGGUUUGUAAAUGGACCUACUCCCCCCCUGAGGGAUGGGACGACAGUUUCUGGACCUCCAUUGGUCUGGAAGAUCUGCUCGAGAACAACCAUUCCAGAAUUGGAGAGCGCACCUGCAGUCCGGGCGACCCCGUCGGAGCUGGCCUCACCCCCAGGGCUGCUGCAGAGCUGGGCCUGAUGCCGGGGACAGCUGUGAGCGCGUCCCUCAUCGAUGCCCACGCAGGAGGCCUGGGUGUUAUUGGAGCCGAUGUAAGUGGGCACCGCCUACCUUGUGAAAACCAGCCAGUCACAUCUCGUGUUGCUCUCAUCUGCGGGACAUCCUCCUGUCACAUGGCUGUGAGCCAGAAGCCUCUGUUCGUUCCAGGCGUGUGGGGUCCUUACCUGUCUGCUAUGGUUCCAGGCCUGUGGCUUAAUGAAGGGGGCCAGAGUGCCACUGGAAGACUGAUUGAUCAUGUGGUAUUUGGACAUGCGGCUUUCUCACAGUUAAAACAACAGGCAGAGAAAAGCCGAGAGCAUGUUUAUUCUCUCCUGAACCGCCACCUGGGGGAAAUGGCCAGAGAGCAUGAGCACCUGGACCUGCUCAGCGCUGCUCUGCACGUGUGGCCUGAUUUCCAUGGCAACCGCUCUCCUCUCGCUGACCAGACCCUGAAGGGCAUGGUUGUGGGUCUCUCUUUAUCCCAGACGCUGGAUGAUUUGGCUCUUCUUUAUCUGGCCACGGUGCAGGCUAUCGCUCUUGGAACCAGACAUAUCCUAGACACUAUGAGAGAGGCAGGACAUGACAUCAGCACGCUGUUCCUGUGUGGGGGGUUGAGUAAGAAUCCCUUGUUUGUGCGGCUGCACGCCAACACGACAGGCUUACCAGUUGUCCUCCCUGCAGAGAGAGAGGCUGUGUUAGUGGGUGCUGCUAUACUUGGUGCUUGUGCCUCUCGGGACUGCAGUUCCAUUCAGGAAGCUAUGGUGAAGAUGGCCAAAAUAGGAACAGUUGUGCAUCCUGAGCUGGAACUCGAGAGCUUUUACAGGAAGAAGUACGCUGUGUUCCUGAGGCUGGGGGCCCACCAGAGAGAGUACGCAGACCUGAUGCGUGACUGACGGCUCCUCCCUGUCCCCAGUGCGUUCGGGACGCGGAAGAGUGCCAUCCAUCCUGGCGAGGAAGCAGGCUUUUGAGGUUCCUUUCUGGCCUCCAGCGCUAAGACACUCUCACUUUUUUGGACCUGUUGAUUGCUCAUGUGAGAAGAGCACCUGGUGAUUAGCAGCUGGAAUGUAUAAGACGAUGAUGGUGAUGAAUUUAAAAUGCAAAUGAACUUAAUGACCAAUAAAAUGUAACCAUAUUCAGUUUCCUUCACUAUGACUGGCAUGUUUAUUCAUAAAAGCCAACCCUCUUGACGAUCUA